AUGGCUAAAUCAAGAUUCGAAUACGUUAGGGAUUUUGAACAAAGGGAUGUCCUUAUACCUGAAACUUAUAUCGUAGUAAGAAUCGAUGGUAAGAAGUUCCAUGAAUUUUCUAAUUACUACAAGUUCGAGAAGCCCAAUGAUAUGAGGGCAUUGAAAUUGAUGAAUGCAUGUGCGAAAAAUGUGCUUUUGCAAUACCGUAGUGAGGUUAUACUGGCAUAUGGUGAGAGUGAUGAGUACUCUUUCAUACUACGAAGCGAUACUACUUUGUACAAUAGACGAAUUGAUAAAAUUUCAUCGUUAUUCGUAUCACUAUUUACAUCCCAAUAUGUUAUGCUUUGGUCCAAAUUUUUUCCUAAUGAUCCAUUGGAUGUUAAACAUCUGCCGUUUUUCGAUUCAAGGUGCGUUUCAUAUCCAAAUUUGAAGUGUAUUAAGGAUUACUUAUCGUGGAGGUUUGUAGAUACGCACAUUAACAAUCUUUACAACACUGUAUUUUGGCAAUUGGUUCAGAAAUGUGGAUUGACGACGAGAGAAGCUGAGAAUAAAUUGAGUGGUACGGUUAGCAGUGAAAAGCAAGAAAUUUUAUUCUCAGAGUGUGGUAUUAACUAUAAUAAUGAACCUGAAAUGUUUAAGAAGGGUUCACUAGUAACUAGAAAGGGUGAAAUUUUGCACAUUGACGUUAUAAAGAAGAUAGACGAAUUGUUUGAAGGGUACUAA